UUAAACAAAAUUGAAAAAGCACCGAAAAUGUGUGGAGCAAGGCUCGAUGCUUCUCCGUUAAUCGACAAACCAAAUCGUUUGAUUCAACAACUCCUGACGUAGUUCAUUCAUUCGCUUCACUGCAAAAAUUCCAUUCUUCCCCCAUCUAGAUUCAAAACGUAGAACAAAUAAAUGGUUGAACGAGAAAAAACGAGGACGGACGACGUUCCGUUGGACGACAAGGCCAAGAGAAUGAGAGAUCUACUGUCCAGCUUCUAUAAUCCAGACCAUUCUUCGGCUCCCAAACCUCCUUCAGAUUACGAGAACUUAGAUGCCAUCAAUUCCACCUCUUUUGAUCCCGAUCACUACAUGAACGUCCUUGUACAAAAGUCGAAUUUGGAAGGGCUUCUUCGGAGGCACGUCGAAAUGGCAGCUGAAAUCAAGAAUCUCGACACUGAUUUGCAGAUGUUGGUCUACGAGAAUUACAACAAGUUUAUCAGUGCCACGGAUGCAAUUAAAUGGAUGAAAAGUAAUAUUGUAGGCAUGCAAGCUGAUAUGGAGCAACUUCUUGACAAGAUAAUGUCGGUACAAUCUAGAAGUGAUGGGGUCAAUACUUCACUUUUUGAGAAAAGAGAACACAUAGAGAAGUUGCACCGGACAAGGAAUCUUCUGCGUAAAGUUCAGUUCAUUUAUGAUCUUCCCGCUCGACUUUCUAAAUGCAUCAAAUCAGAAGCAUAUGCUGAUGCAGUCAAGUUCUACAUUGGAGCAAUGCCAAUUUUUAAGGCAUAUGGAGAUUCAUCUUUCCAGGACUGUAAAGGAGCAUCAGAAGAAGCGAUUGUUACAGUAGUAAAAAACUUGCAGGCAAAGCUAUUCUCAGAUUCUGAAUCAAUUCAAGCUAGGGCUGAAGCUGCAGUGCUUUUGAAGCAGUUAGAUUUUCCGGUGCAUAGCUUACAGGCAAAACUCCUUGAAAAGUUAGAGCAAUCUCUCGGGGACCUUCAACUGAAAACUGUUAGAAUUGAGAAUAUUUUACGAGAGUCUAAUGAUCCUUCUAAACAGGGAAAACCUUUUGAGUCAAUUCCUAGUACAGGUCACGAGGUUUCUGUCCAUGGAUUUGCGGAGGCUAUUCGUGCUUAUCGAGUAAUAUUUCCUGAUUCCGAAAGUCAACUAAUUAAACUUGCACAAAACUUGGUCAUCAAGCACUUUGAAAUGAUCAAGCAAUGUGUAAAGAGACGAAUUUCUUCUGCCAAUUUCCUUGGUGCUCUUCGGACUAUAUGGACUGAUGUGCUUCUGAUGGACGAAGUCUUAAGUGAGGCUUCUCUAGCUGAUUUUUCUCUAGAGGCUGGUCAAGUAACUGUUAAAAAGUAUGUUGCCAGCACAUUUACUUACCUUCUGCAGGACAUAUCAGAUGCCCUCUUGAAAGUAAAGGUUAGCCCAAAAGAGGAAGCAGAGGAGCAUGCCUUGAAGCUUGCUUUGGAGGCCAGCAAAAAAGCCGUGCUCCAAGGCAGCAUGGAUCUCUUACUGGAUUUUCGCCAACUUCUUGAUGAUGACUUAGGGCUGCUAGUUAAACUGAGAGAAUUUAUAGUUGAUUGGGUUCAAAAAGGAUUUCAAGACUUUUUCAGGGCUCUUGAUGAUCGUUUUCUCUUACUUUCUGGGAGAAAGAAUCCAUCAAGUCAAGAUCAAGGAUUGUCAGAGGGAGCUCCUGGUGAGAAAGUUCUUGUUGGUAUUGUCCUGGUGCUGGCUCAGCUUUCUGUCUUCUUUGAACAAACCACCAUCCCAAGAAUUUCCGAGGAAAUAGCUGCUUCAUUCUCUGGUGAUGGGGCUCGAGGCUACGAAAAUGAACAUGCCUUUGCUUCUGGGGAGAUACGUCAAAUAUUCCGGUCUGCCGCUGAAAAGCUUUUGCAUCAUUAUAUAAAUAUGAGAACUCAAAGAGUAUCCACUUUGCUAAGAAAGAGGUUCACAACACCAAACUGGGUUAAGCAUAAGGAGCCUAGAGAAGUUCAUAUGUUUGUUGAUCUAUUUGUGCAAGAGUUGAGAGCAGUACAAAGUGAAGUGAAGCAAAUUUUGCCGGUAGGGCUCAUGCGUAAGCAUCAUCGGUCCGACAGCAACGGAAGCACAAACUCAUCACGCAGCAAUGCAUUACUAGAUGACAGAAUGACACAGAAAGGCAGGAGCCAGCUCUUGGAAACACAUCUAGCAAAAUUGUUCAAGCAAAAAGUUGAAAUAUUUACAAAAGUUGAAUCCACACAGGAGUCGGUUGAAACAACUAUAGUAAAACUUUGCCUUAAAAGUUUGCAAGAAUUUGUCAGGCUCAAGACUUUUAAUCGAAGUGGCUUCCAACAAAUUCAGCUGGAUGUCCAGUUCUUAAGGACUAUAUUGAGGGAAAUCAUAGAAGUUGAAGAUGCGAUCGACUUUUUACUUGACGAGGUGAUUGUUGCUGCUUCAGAGCGUUGUUUUGACCCGGUUCCUCUAGAGCCUCCAAUUUUGGACAAACUUGUCCAAGUGAAGUUAGCAAGAUCAAAGGAACAAUCCAAAUAACCCCCUGGACUUUGGUAGGUGGAUUUGCUAUGAAUGGCCCCGAUUCUUUUUUGCUCGAAUUAUAAUUUUCUCGAUCGUCAUAUGCAAUUUUUUAGAUGAUGUAAUUCAUUAGUCAAA